CGGCGUAGUUGGCCGCAGCGCGCGCGCGAAGCACUCGCGUACUAGAAGCGAACCGCUUCCUCUAGUUCGAAAACCGAAUAUAGGGCUUGAAGAUUUCGCUUAGUUGUACCAAGUGCGGGAGCCGCGGACUUUUGGACUGAUCGCAGGAUAGUUUUACGAGAUGCCUUUGUUAUAUUUGCCUGAGAGAGUGGACAUGGCGCUGUCGAUCCAGUAGUUUCCAGAGUUCGUGCUGCCGAAGAUGAGGGACGAAGUCACGUGGAUGUUGUUUCUGAUUCUUCCGUUGGUAAUUGUGACUUCGCGACCAGUGCAAGACCACAAUGCAGAGGGAAAAGUCGAUUUAAGUGCGCCUAGCGAACCCGCCGACCAAAGCAAAGACGACGAAGUAAUAUCCGUGAGCAUUACGUCCUCGGUCGCAGUCGGUAGAGGCAAGGGCAAGCAAAUAGACAUCCUGGAACCAGAGGAAGAUCUGAUCGCUCACGAGACUGCUUCUGUUACUCCCGCUAUAGCAACCAUCGAAACAACCACUCCCAGCAACGAAACUCACGAAGAACCCGCACCAUCCUUAGCAGGCGCCAACAUUGAGUUCAUCAAACAACUUCAUUCGAAAAAAGAAGCUCGAGGAACCCAUCAUCUAGAACAAGUGCACCCAUUUCAGUUGCAGAUCAAACAUCACAUAACAAAUGACUCCAACGAACCCCCGAAUGCUGAAGUAAAACAAAUCACCGAUGACAUUCAGGAAGACAUUGCAAAUAUACCAUUAGGUAGAUCAGUAGCGCUCUCGCCGCCCUCGCAAAAUUAUAUUCAAGGUCUGUCACUCAGUGAAAGGGGGCAGGGUCCGAGAUUGACAACUGUUAGUUUCAAUAUACUACACGACACGCCUAAAACGAUAUCUAAUUAUAACGAGCACAAACCGGCUCCAGCGUUUCCGGAGCAGCCUAUAUACAGCGAGCCGCCGAAGAUAUACAGCCAGCCAGCACAAGUAUACAGUGAACCCGCCAAGUUUUACAGCGAACCAGCAAAGGUAUACAGUGAGCCUGCGAAAGUUUACAGCGAGCCAGCCAAGGUGUAUAGCGAACCGGCGAAAAUAUACAGUGAACCCGCCAAAUUCUACAGUCCCCACGCGUCGCUGAAUCUGCCGCCACAGGAAGCGCCUCUUUCUACUCCGUGGCAAGAGACACAAACGCCUUCGUCUGUAGCCGUAGAUACCACGACAAGUACAACGACUUUACAACCGGAGCAUGGGCCGGAAAAGAACUACGAAGUCGAUGAGAAAGACAGCGUGUUAACGGACGGUCAAAGCCACGGGGUCCAAGGAUCUGGUCAAGAGUGCAAAGACGACAGCUGUAAGGUGGGGUACGUGGUGGAAGGGCGGCAGUACCGCAAGUACCGCGUGGAGGAGCGCACGGCGGACGGGUUCAUCGUGGGCGAGUACGGCGUGGUGCGCAACGAGGACGGCGCGCUGCGCGGCGUGCGCUACACCGCCGACGGCGACGCCAGCCCGCGCCUCAUCUACGACGCGCUCAUGAAGUUCCUGCAGCUCUAAUAACACAUUACAACACUGAUUAGUCCACUAACAAAACCUACAGAGUGCCACUGUAUCUUCUGACUUGAACAUUAAAGUAGCAAAUAAAAUGUAAAAGUUACACAGUCAAUGUUGCCAUAUUUGACUAAAUCUCAUAUAGAUUGGUUAUAGACGACAUAGGCACGCUGUAGGUUCAAGCACAUAGUUUAAAAAUAGCCCUAUUUUUUUCUUUUCAUUCUGCGAAAGGAACUGAUAGAGCUAGAUUUUACGAUAUUGUCAAACGAUUGAAAAGUUUAUGUUAUCGUAAGUAGUAAUGAUAACAAUGACUGCUGAACUAAACUUUUUUGCUCAAAUACCAAGCUUCUACUAAUAUUGAAUAAAUUAUUAAGACUGACCUUCAUUUAUGAAUUUUCUACCUGUUGUUUUGCGCACUCAAUGAUACUUUAUAGACUUCGAUGUUCUAGUGACGGAAAAAUAAAACCAUACUUCUUAUAAAAACAAGUUUUGUUUCUUUAAAUGGAAUUUACUUAUAUUGCACAUUAGGCCUUUUGAGGUUAUGAGGUUAACUAUAAAUACUCCAUAUUGUACACACUCAGGGGAUUGUUGCUGUUUAUCAGUGAGCAUGUAACAUAUUUAUUUCACAUUAGGCAGUUAGAUAUUGGCAUUUGUAAAGCAAUAUAAGUAUUCGCCUUAGUUUAGUAACGUAUUUGAUUUAAAAAUUGCACAAACAUUCGCUCUCAUUACCAUAUGAUCACAGACAAAAAUUACGUGAGCAUACUUGAGUUAGUAAUUGUGCCAUUUUUUAAAUAAAUAGAUAGUUAAGUAAAUAAUAUAUGGAUAAGGUUUCACGCGUUUAUAGAUAUUAAUGUAACUUAUUAGUAAAAUCAUAUCUAACAUUCAGUCGACAAUGAAUAAAUGUUUUUCAUUACAUUUCAUUCCUUAAUUUCUCUGCCUUAGACUAAGAUAGCCGUAAGUAGGUAUGCUAGAAAUUGUGAUCUGAUCAAGGAGGUGAUCAAAAUUAAAUGUAUCUAACUUUCUUUGUCCUUUCUUAAAUACACUUUGGUAAAAUAAGUAGGCAGUUUAAGUACAGUCAAAUGAAACCAAUAAAUAUGAAAUAGCAA